AGGGGUGGACUUUAGGACCCUGCAGAUCAACUCCGAUUUAAAACACCACAGGCAAAAUUGUAGCCGCUGUCCUCAUCAGAUCUGCUACCAAACGCCUUUAACCUUAAAUAAAAUCCACAGAAUAUACAAUAGGGUGGCCUAUGAUGAGUGUUGUAAAGACAUUGAUGCCGUCUGACACUCAGCGACAAGGAAGCACGGGUUGAUGGAGCACAUCCGACUGCCGAAGGUGGAGAAUGUCAAGCUCCUGGACAGAGUUUCCCCCAGAAGGAGCAGGGUUGGCACUCUGUACCUGACCGCCACACACAGCAUCUUUGUGGAGAGCCUCGCCCCACAGCGCAGGGAAACAUGGGUGCUGCACAGUCUGGUGUGCUGCGUGGAGAAACAGGCCUCCACUGAAUCUGGGUGUCCUCUGCUCAUUCACUGUAAGAACUUCCAGGUUCUGCAUUUCAGCGUUCCUCAGGAGUCUGACUGCCUGGAUGUUUUCCUGUCCCUGCAGCGCCUCUCCCAGCCAGAGAAAUACGAGGAGCUGUACUGCUUCUCCUAUAAGCCGAAUGUCCCUGAAGCGCAGAGGCGGCAGGAAUGGGCCUUUGUGGACGCCAGGGCUGAUUACCGUAGAAUGGGACUUCCAAAUUCCCAGUGGAAACUGUCCUCUGUCAAUCGACACUACAAGGUCAGCGACACCUACCCGGCUGACCUGCUGGUACCCUACUCGGCCACUCCCCCCGUCAUAGUCGGAAGCUCCAAGUUCAGGAGCAGGGGCAGAUUUCCUGCUUUGUCGUACUACUGCAAAGAUAACCACGCUGCCAUCUGCCGCAGCAGCCAGCCGCUGUCCGGUUUCAGCGCUCGCUGCCUGGAGGAUGAGCAGAUGCUGGAGGCCGUCUUAAGGUCCAACCCCCACAGCGACUUCAUGUAUGUGGUGGACACCAGGCCUAAGCUGAAUGCAAUCGCAAACCGCGCGGCUGGAAAAGGCUAUGAAAAUGAAGACAAUUACUCCGACAUCAAAUUCCAGUUCUUGGGCAUCGAGAACAUCCACGUCAUGAGGAACAGCCAGCAGAAGAUGUUGGAAGUGAGCGAGCUGCGUUCCCCCUCCAUGUCUGACUUCCUGGAGGGCCUGGAGAGCUCAGGCUGGCUGAAGCACAUCAAAGCCGUUCUGGACGCUGGCAUCUUCAUCGCUAAGGCCAUAGCAGAGGAAGGUGUCAGUGUCUUGGUUCACUGUUCAGAUGGCUGGGAUCGCACUGCGCAGGUGUGUUCGGUGGCCUCCGUACUGCUGGAUCCCUUCUACAGGACACUAAGAGGACUGAUGGUUCUCAUUGAGAAAGACUGGAUCUCGUUCGGACACAAGUUUUCUCACAGGUGCAGCCACUUGGAUGGAGACCCCAAAGAGGUUUCUCCCAUCAUCGAUCAGUUCCUGGAGUGCUUGUGGCAGCUGAUGGAGCAGUUUCCCUGUGCCUUCCAGUACAACGAGAAGUUCCUGAUCACCGUUCACAACCACGUCUAUUCCUGUCAGUAUGGAAACUUUAUUGGCAACUGUCAGCGGGAGAGAAUAGAGCUGCAAGUGCAUGAGAAAACUCACUCCUUAUGGAGUUUCUUAUGGACGAAUCGUGCUGACUACAUCAACCCUCUGUACAGACCAGACCACAGCCAGACUCAAGGGCUGCUGAGACCAUCUACCGCCCCCUACUGUUUCAAAUUCUGGAGAGGACUGUACAACCGAUUUGACCAGGGAAUGCAUCCUCGACAAUCUGUGGAGGAUUACCUACGGGCCAUCCAGGAAGAGACGCAGCAGCUGGAGGAGCAGCUGGCUUCACACAAGCAGAAAAUCACAGAGAUGGCGCGUGAACAGAGCUGGAGCACCGCCUCCUCAGACAAAAGCCUCCCACCGUGGGAUCCUGGGAACAACCUGGCUUUGGCCAACACUCCUCAAGAUUACACCAGCAGCUUCUUGCCCAGCAGCACUCCAAAAGACCUGGACAGCAGCACCGCCAUCCUCCCGCCGCACGACUCCAGCCUGAAAGCCGAGACGAGCGGCAGCGACCAGGAGUCCGGGAUUGCAGACCUGAGCUGCCGUUCGCCUCUGAGCGAGGAGAGCGCCAGAGACCCCGACUCCGAUGAGGCCGUCUAUUCAGCGGCCUGAGCAGAUUUUACUGUUUUCCAUUCGAGCAGAUUUUACUGUUUUCCAUUCGAGCAAACUUUACGACCACCACUGCUCGCUGUAGCGUUAAACAUCAACUAAAUACAAACAUAAAGAAAAUUUACUUUUUUUCAGGACGUUGAAAAUUAAGAAUAGCAACUAAAACCAAACAUCCUAAGAGCGUGUGCGCCUGCAAACAAUUCUGGUCUUCCAUGUGGUCGAGUUUCAGAGCUGCACUCGUUCAUCAGCUGCAAUAUGUUUGUUUACAUUUUAUCUAUUAUACGCUGGAAGCAUUUGUAUUUACAUAGAAGUUGCCAGAUAGGGUUAAGGUUGAGAGUUGUGAGUUACAGAGGUCCAGACAAGACUCCAAACAUCAACAUUACAUAAACUAUAAAGUUACACCAAAGCCUCAACACUAAGCCUGAAGGGCUUAACAGCCGAACUGUGCAGAGUUAGGGAGUUCUGAUGAUAUAGCAGCUCUGGAUACCAGAUCAGAACCUUAUGGUUUUAAUUUAUCCCGUUUUUGUGUUUCUGUGUGAUCCCUUCCAAAUAAAUGGAAAUCGUUACCAUUUUUCCAAAUCUAAUGAAUCACAUUUUUAGGUAUUAGGUUUAAAGUUGGCCAAAGUGGGAAAAAGUUUGAUCGGUACAAAUUCAAGUGCAAGGCACAAACCAGCUCUGUCAAAAACGAAUUAUGAUAUUUUCAUGUGCAUUCAAGAUUUCCCAAAACAAAUCAAACUUGAACAAGAUAGUUGUUGGGAUAGUCUUCGCAAUCUGUUGAUCUUAGUUGAUUUUAGUUUGAUAAGCUGAGUUAUAAUCAGUUUAUCGACAAGGAAAUUGGUAAAUAAACUCGAUUACCAGCAUCAUAACUUAUUUUUACGAAUAUAAAUAAAUGGUUUAUAGUUGAAAAACCUCCUUUUGAGCACCCAAGUCUCCAUGUGCAAUAGCUUAUGGAUUGAUAGAAGCUUGAUAAUAUCUCAUUUAUCUACACCUUUCAGGCCAAAUAGCUUUAUAUCUGAGUCUCCUUUCUCUCUGACACAUUUGUCUGGAAGAUUUUAACAUCAGAUCAGCUUUAGGCUGUAAGGUUAGAUUGCUGAGUCAGCAGACUGAAUCACGCAAACAUCAACUUGUUGGAUUGCGACCAUUGACUGUAUAUGAGAACUAGAGUGAGCGAGUGUGAGGUCACUUAUAGGAAAUGACUUCCCUCCGACUCCAACCAAAUGACGUCAAUUCAAUCGUGAUACGGGCCCCACCGUGUUGGACGCGGACGUAACCGGUGGGUCUGAGUCAACGUUUCUAUAGCAACCACUCUCAUCAAUUAGGGGUGAACUUGUUUGAUCAUGAGAAUCUGUCAAUUACAUGUUUUUUGACCACAUACUGUUAUUGAGGCAUCUGAUUAUAACUUGAAUAACUUAGCACUACAGAAAAACAUCAUGUAAUAAAGGAUUAGCAAGAACAUAUUAAAAAAAAUAAACUGCUUAGUUCUUAAUAGAAGUCUAGGGGAUUUUGGCUUCUUGGAGUCAGCAGGUACUUCCUCUUUGGAACUCCAGGGGGGAGGAUUCACUUAGUCCAGUCCUCAUAUACAGUCGAUGGUCAGGACACAAUUCCCAGGAGUUUUGACGGAAACGUGCAAUCUUUCUUCUGCAAAAACGUAUCAGUGUAACUUUAUAUCAUGCAUUUUUGUUACUGCGCCUUUUGCAAAUGAACAAUGCUAGAACGAUUGUGCAUGAGGAUCUAUUGUUACAUGUAUUUCUUUUUUAAGCACUUCUUAUUGUGUUUUGACAGUCUUUGACAGUUUUGUGCUUUAACAAAAGUAAACAAAAAGUUUCAAAUGUGUCUGUUUUAUUGUAACAUAAAUUAAGUCAUUAUUCAUCACCUGCCAUAUUCUCCUGAAGAGUGCUCACCUUUUUUUUUUCCGCUUGAUCUCAAUGUUUUGUAACCACCGUUAUUGCAAAGGUACACGAAUAAAGUUAUAUUGAAACCAA